AUUCUCUAUCAGAUUCUGAUGACGAAUUAGAAUUUGAACUUCCACCACCAACUGAAACAUCUGUCCCUGAUACUCCACUUAUUACAGAGGAUAGGACUCUUAUUUUUAGUACACUACAUAAGAUACAACGUUCUCCUCCAGAUUCAGAUGGCGAAUUUGAUGAUUCAGCUGAACAAAUUCUAUUCGAUAAACUAAAACACCUUCCUCAAGAUUUUUAUAGUCUUCUACGAUCAUUGUCACUGGUUUUACAGAAGAGUUAA